AUGGAUGCCACUCCUGGGCAGCGUCUGGGGUUGCAGAGGAGGCUGAGCAAACCCUCGGGAGCAGCCAGGAAGCAGCCCUCCUGGUCUCGGCUUCAGUUUGUGCCGCCAGGUUCCCGAGGCCUAGCCUUGGCUCCUUCUUUGAGGGUCUACACCUGUGAGCUAAGUGAACCCUAUCGCUCCUACGCUGGCUUUAUCACAUGUUUAUCACGGCGGCAGAGAGCAAGCCAGGACAGUCAGGACACACAGAGCAGACAGACUUUACAGUCUAUUAGCAGGUGGGAAUGCAGAAAUAUUGAGAAGCGUUCAUCCGGUCACACAGUUUUCCUGGUGCCCACUGUGGUGGUGCAGCCCACAGAGGGAAGGCAUCCUCAACACCAGCAGGCCUGCGCCACAGCGGCUGUCUUUGAGGAGUGCUGCAUGAAUAAAGGCAAGUAUUCCUUCAGUAACCGGGUGCGGGGUCUAGAGCAUUGCGCAGCUCGCUCGCGACCCACGGACCUUCCCGGAAUAGGGAAAGCCAGCGCUAGUGCGAGCCCUGGGCGGAGUCUUGGCCGUCGAGGGGCGGAGCGAGUCCGGGGGAGGAGCCGGGCAGAAGGCGGCGUCCCGAGGUGGGGCGUAUGGAGGGCGUGGCAGGGUCCGGGGCGGAGCGGGAGCGGCCGGGGCGGAGUCGGUGUGGGGCGGAGCGGGCGGCGGGAGCGGGCGGCGCGGGGCGGGGCAGGCCGGGCCGGAGCGGCCUGGGGCGGGGACUUCUGGCACUUUCUGGGACCUGCGAGGCUCGCCGGCUUCAGGCCGGAAACCGUGCGUCCCCGCUGCCGGGGCCCUCGUCGUCUGCGCCGCCCGGGCCGCCAUGGCCAAGUGGGGUCAGGGGACCCGCGCUGGAUCGUGGAGGAGCGGGAGGACGGGACCAACGUGAACAACUGGCACUGGACAGAGCGGGAUGCCACUGUUUGGUCCAAGGGGAAGCUCCGAGAGCUCCUGGUUGGCCUUGCUGUGGAGAAUGAGGCUGGCCGAUGUGAGAUCAGUGAGUUGAAGCAGGUAGAAGGGGAGGCUUCCUGUAGCAGCCGCAAAGGAAAGCUUAUUUUCUUCUACGAGUGGAACAUCAGGCUGACCUGGAAAGGUACAGUUAAAGAAUCUGGUGCAAAACACAAAGGAUUGAUCGAAAUACCCAGCCUUUCUGAGGAGAACGAAGUCGGUGACACCGAGGUGAACGUGAGUAAAAAAAAAGGAGAUGGGGACACACUGAAGGAUCUUAUGAAAACUACAGGCACCGCCAAGGUCAGGGAGGCUCUUGGAGAGUACCUGAAGGCACUUAAGACGGAAUUUACAACAGGAAUGAUUUUACCAACAAAAGCUGUAGCAACCCAGGAACUGACUGUUGAGAGGAAACUGACUGGAAAUACUUUGCAGGCUUCUCCAGUGGCACUGGGUGUGAGGAUUCCGACUGUAGCCUUGCACUUGACGGAGCAGUUUGACACGACAGUAGAGCAGCUGUACAGCAUCUUCACCGUGAAAGACUUGGUGCAAAAAUUUUCCAAAUCUCCUGCUGUAUUAGAAGCUGAAAGGGGAGGGAAAUUCCAGAUGUUUGAUGGGAACAUCACUGGAGAAUAUGUGGAACUGUUAACAAACAGGAAGAUCACCAUGAAAUGGAGAUGCAGGAACUGGCCGGAAGAACACUAUGCAACAGUUGCAUUGAAUUUUGUGCCUGCUCCAGGGCAAACGGAAUUACAAUUGGACUGUAAAGGAGUUCCUGUCUGUAAAGAAGAGAAUACAAAAUUCUGUUGGCAGAAGCAACACUUUGAAGAAAUAAAAGGUUUACUUCAGCUCACCACCCAGAAUGCUUGAAUUAGUUAGGUUUUAUAAGGACAUCCUUCUGUAAGCAGAAACCUGGCCUGUUUACUUACCUCUUCUUUCUUCCGAAAAGUCUCUUCCUCCAAGGUCCCUAAUUUAUUUUAUAUUGGAUGAAAUUCAUGAACCUACAGAAUUGAAAAAUAUUGCUUGAAGCUUUACUGCACUGAGUAAAAUCAGGCAUCGUCUCACCUUCCAUGGCUGUUCCUCUCUGGAAAGUAGGUGAAGUCCAGUCCCCCCAAGCUAAGGCUGGUCCCAACACACUACUUCACUGCUACAGUUGAUUUAAGCUUAAGACAAAUAAAUGGCAUGUUAUACUACUUUGUUCUAC